AGGCCGCGCUGCUCCUUCUCCCACAUUCACUGGGGAGACUUGCUCUGCAAGUGCAAUUGCAGGCGGUUCGGGAGCACACACCCAGACCUGCCGCCCACUGCUUCUGUGCCUCUGCAUCUGCCACCGUGGGCCCCAAGUUCCAGCGACUUCUCCUGUCCCACACUCUCCGCUUUGCUCCCUGUGUGUCCUGAAGGAAGGGGAUGUGCUCCCGAGAUUUUCCACAGCAAGUGAUGACAGCAUUUGAAGACCUGGCUGUGUACUUUACGUGGGAAGAAUGGCAGAAAAUGAACAAUGCUCAGAAAAUCCUGUACAGAGAUGUGAUGCUGGAGACCUACAGCAGCCUGUUCUCCUUGGGGCACUGCAUUACCAAACCUGACUUGAUCUUCAAGUUGGAGCGAGGAGAAGAGCCAUGGAUGGUGGAUGAAUGCUUGAAUCAGAGCCUUUCAGUGGUCAUGAAAAGGGAUGACCUGAUUAGGAUCAACCAGGAAAGUCAGGACAAAAAUCUGAAUCAGGAUUUUAUGAAAAAUAACAAGAUAUCAGCUCUCAAGAGAAUUGAAUUAAGAAGAACACUUAGUUUAAAUUCAAGCCAUGUUCCAACACUGAUUAUUAAAAAGGGAAUCUAUUCAGGAUUGAAGCCUGAGGAAUGCAAUAAAUGUCACACUGUGUAUCCUCCCAGUGGGCCUGAUCAACUACAGGCUGGAGAGAAAUUUGAUAACACUAAGAUACCUGGAAAAUCUCUCCAGUUCUGUGAGCCUCUUAGCCAGCUUGACAAUAUUCACAUCAUGAAGCAGCCAUUUGGACCCACUGGACAAGCAAAAGUCUUCACAAGAAAGAUGUUCUGUAAAUCUGAGAGGGUUCAUAUGGCAGAAAACUGUAAUAAGUCAACUGUCACUUUUGGAAAAGCAACGCAAAUAGAAAAAGCUAUCCAUGAAAAUUCUAGCCUCAAUAUGCAUCAACAAACUCACACAAGAAAGAAAUUUUAUAAGUACAUUAUGUAUGUUGAACCUGUCAUUCACCAGUCACAUCUUACAAUAAACCAGAGACUAAAUACAAGGGAAAAACUUUACACAUGUAAACCUUGUGGAAAAUCACUCAGUUUUAAUUCACCUUCUGAAUGUAAUGACUGUGGAAAAGCCUUUAGACAAAAUUCAGUCCUCAGGAAACAUCAGCAAAUUCACACAGGGGAGAAACCUCAUGAAUGUAGUGACUGUAGAAAAGCCUUUACACAAAAGUCAUACCUCAUAAACCAUCAGCGAAUUCACACAGGAGAGAAACUUUAUAAAUGCCUUGAAUGUGAAAAAGGCUUUCUGUGGAAGUCAGACCUCAUCAUACACCAGCGAAUUCAUACAGGGGAGAAACCUCAUAAAUGUAAUGACUGUGGAAAAGCAUUUGGAUACAAGUCAGCCCUCCUCAUACACCAGCGAAUUCACACAGGGGAGAAACCUCAUAAAUGUAAUGACUGUGGAAAAGCCUUUGGACAAAAGUCACACCUCAUCAUACACCAGCGAACUCACACAGGGGAGAAACCUCAUAAAUGUAAUGACUGUGGAAAAACCUUUGGACAAAAGUCACACCUCAUCAUACACCAGCGAAUUCACACAGGGGAGAAACCUUAUGAAUGUAAUGACUGUGGAAAAGCCUUUGGACGAAAGUCAAGCCUCAUAAUACACCAGCGAAUUCUCACAGAGGAGAAACCUCAUAAAUGUAAUGACUGUGGAAAAGCGUUUGGAUACAAGUCAGCCCUCCUCAUACACCAGCAAAUUCACACAGGGGAGAAACCUCAUAAAUGUAAUGACUGUGGAAAAGCCUUUGGACAAAAGUCACACCUCAUCAUACAUCAGAAAAUUCACACAGGGGAGAAACCUCAUAAAUGUUAUGACUGUGGAAAAGCCUUUGGACACAAGUCAGGCCUUAGGAAACAUCAGCGAAUUCACACAGGAGAGAAACCUCAUAAAUGUAAUGACUGUGGAAAAGCCUUUGGACAGAAGUCAACCCUCCUCAUACAUCAGCGAAUUCACACAGGAGAGAAACCUCAUAAAUGUAAUGACUGUGGAAAAGCCUUUGGACAAAAGUCACACCUCAUCAUACAUCAGAAAAUUCACACAGGGGAGAAACCUCAUAAAUGUUAUGACUGUGGAAAAGCCUUUGGACACAAGUCAGGCCUUAGGAAACAUCAGCAAAUUCACACAGGAGAGAAACCUCAUAAAUGUAAUGACUGUGGAAAAGCCUUUGGACAAAAGUCAGACCUCAUCAUACACCAGCGAAUUCACACAGGGGAGAAACCUCAUAAAUGUAAUGCCUGUGGAAAAGCCUUUGGACAAAAGUCAGGCCUCAUAAUACACCAGCGAACUCACACAGCUGUGAAACCUCAUAAAUGUAAUGACUGUGGAAAAGCCUUUGGACACAAGUCACACCUCAUCAUACACCAGCGAAUUCACACAGGGGAGAAACCUCAUAAAUGUAAUGCCUGUGGAAAAGCCUUUGGACACAAGUCAGGCCUCAGGAAACAUCAGCGAAUUCACACAGGGGAGAAACCUCAUAAAUGUAAUGCCUGUGGAAAAGCCUUUGGACACAAGUCAGGCCUCAUCAUACACCAGUGAAUUCACACAGGUCAGAAACCUCAUAAAUGUAAUGACUGUGGAAAAGCCUUUGGACAAAAGACUAACCUCAUAUCACAGCAGAGAAUUCACACAGGAUAGAAAACUCAAUUGUAGUAACUGAGGAAAGCAUUUAGCCAUAAGUCAACCUUCAUCAUGCAUCAGAGAAUUCACACAAGGCACAAACCUUAUGAAUGUAAUGACUGGAAAAGCCUUUGGACAAAAGUCAAACCUGAAUGCACCAGAGAAUGCACACAGUAUUGAAACUUCAUGAGUGUAAUGACUGUGGAAAAACUUAAGUUCCAACUCCAAAUGCAUCAGAGUAUUCACACAGGGAAAUAACCUUAUAAAUGUAAUGACUGCAGAAAAGCCUUUUUCUAUAAGUUAUACUCAUAUCAAAACAGUUCACACAGGGCAGAAACCUUAUGAAUCUAGUAAGUGUGGAAAAGCCUUUAUAAAUCAUAUGUUAUAAAUCAUAGCUCAUAUCACACCACAGAAUUCACACCAGGGAGAGACUUCAUGAAUGCAAUGACUGUAGAAAAGCCCUUGGCAAUAAGUUACAUCUCAGAAUGCAUCAGAAAAUGCACAGGAAGAGAAACCUUUUGGACAUAAUGACUUGGAAAGCUUUUCCCCAUAAUUCAGCCCUCAUUGCACAUCAUCUAAUUCAUAUGGGGGAAAACACUUCGGAUAUAAUGCAUAUGGAAAAGCCUUUAUCCAUAAGUAACACCUCAUAAAACAUCAGAAUUCACAUGGGGGAGAAACCUUAUGAAUGGAAUGAAUGUUGGAAAACUCUGCCAAAAUCACACAAUAUAACAUCAGAGAAUUUAUUACAUGGUGGAAAUCUUGUAAUAAAUGUGGGAAAGCCUUUUGUCAGAAGGAAUACCUCAUAACAUGUAGAUCAAACAAGGGAGAGAACUUAAGAAUAUAAUGAAUGUGAAGGACUUUUUGCAAAAUCAACAUAACCAUGUGAUAGAGCCUUUUGCUGGAAAUUACAUCCCAUACAAUAGGCACUCCCAUAAGGAAGAAAGGUUGGGACCAGCGCUGUGGCACAGUAGGUUAAAGCCCUGGCCUGAAAUGCCUGCAUACCACGUGGGCACUGGUUCUAGUCCCAGUUGCUCCUCUUCUGAUCCAGCUCUCUGCUAUGGCCUGAGAAAGCAGUAAAAGAUGGCCCUGCACCCACAUGGGAGACCCAGAAGAAGCUCCUGACUCCUGGCUUUGGAUCGCUGCAGCUCUAGCCAUUGCAUCCAUCUGGGGAGUGAACUAGCAGAUGGAAGACCUCUUUCUGCUUCUCUGUCUCUCUCUAACUCUGUCUUUCAAAUAAAAAAAUUGU